AUGGCAAGAACAAACAGGUUAUCUGCAUUAUCAGAUGAUAUUCUUUUAAAACAUAUUUUGUCAAAGAUUUCUUACAGAGAUGUUGUACGCUCUUCUCUUCUCUCUCAGAGAUGGCGAUUCUUGUGGAAGAAAAUACCUGAUCUCGUUUUUUGUUGCCAAGAUUUUGAGAAACAAAAAGAUGACAAGAUACAAGCCAUAAUUGACAAUGCUCUGCUCCACCAUGAUGCUCGUCUUUGCUGGUUGAACCUUCAAAUAGCCAUGGAUGACCCCAAGACUGCCAAUAUGAACAAUUGGAUUCGUCUUGCAGCUGAAAAACAGGUGGAACGCAUGGCCCUACUAAUCUCUUAUAGAGAUCCCAAGACUGGUGAGAGGAUUGAAAAUUCUUCCAUGGUGGACAUUGGGGACUCUGUUUUUAAGUGUGAAAACCUCACUACCCUACAACUGAAAUUCAUCAAUCUCCCAAAGAUACCCACUGAUUUUGGGGUUUUCAGAUACCUGAAAACAUUUUUUUGUUUUGAUAUGCCGAAUGUAGAUGAUGCCACAUUUAAAGGAUUCAUGGACUUGUGCCCACAUCUUCGAAAUUUGGGGAUUUGCGGUUGUUUGAGGUUGAAAAACUUGAAUAUACAUUCUUGUAUUCUUAUGUACCUAAAUCUAGGAAUUGUAAGACCUAAUAUGUCAUUGCAGAUGGUUUGCCCUCAAUUGACAGAAAUCAGCCUCAUAGAUUGUGGGCGAUACCAAGGGCUUAAAUUACUACAAGGAAUUUCAAGAGGAGAAUCUGUUAAAAAGAUUAUUCUUCAGAAUUAUAGUAGAGGCAAUGCUGUUAAUCCAGGAAUCCCUAGUAUUACUGUUGUAGUACCCCUACCAUAA